UUUUAAAACUGUUGCUGAGAUGUCUGACGAUAAAGAUAAUUCUACUUUCAAGACAGAUUCUGAUAAUAUUAUGGAUAGUGUGGACUCAGACUCCAACACCAAAGAAGAGCACAAAUUUGGAGCUAAUGAGAUAGACAUGGAUCCAGAAGAGAGACAGAAGAGAGAAGAAAUGAAAGAUUUUGAUACAUACCUUAGAAAAGUCCUUGAUGAUUCCAUUGUAAAGAAAUCAGAAAUAACUUGUCUCAACUUCGAGUCUUGGUUCGUUGAGAACGGAAUCAAGCAUCCUAUUAAGAUCAAGUACCAGCUAGGGUCAAAGCCCCAUGAGAUUACUAUUCUUGAAAAGAAGUAUCAGCUGAAGGAACUUUACAUCUGUGAUAGUAUAAAGAGCACAAGAGUUGCUAAUCUCUGGGACCUCUUUGUUGGAGCCAAAGUCGAUGUAUUCGGAAAGCCCACAAUCCUUAAGAAGUGAUGCUUCAAGACCAAGGAAUGGAACAAAUUCUAUGGAGCCUUUCUUAAGGAAAUCAAGAAAACACUUAUUGAUGAAAUUAAGAAAUAUGAAAGAAAGAAAUUUGAUAUCAAGAUCAUAAAAGAUUGUGAAGGAAAACAACAAGGAAGUAUCAAUAUUGCAAUGCUCAUUAAACAAGUCACGGCUCUUAAAGAGAAAAUGGCGAAGUACAGGCCAGCGUUGAGCAACGAUAUUGUUAUUGCUUUCGAAAGCCUACUUUAG